AUGUUGCAACAAUUUUUCAUCGUAUUGUUGCUAUCAAUAACAACAGCAUUAGCCGCAACCAAUAGCAUCGCUCUUUAUUGGGGACAAAAUAUCGCUGCUGGUCAACUGAGAUUGAACUAUUAUUGUCAAAAUUCCGACGUCGAGAUUGUUAUUCUUUCGUCAAUUACUGAUUUCACAACUGGAUAUGGAGACUUCGAUUACAACUGUUACAAAAAUAGAACUACAGGUUACAUGACCUGUCCAAAUUUUGCCGAAGAUAUCAAGAGUUGUCAAGCAAGUGGGAAAAAAGUUCUUUUAUCAAUCGGUGCCCCAGGUUCAAGAAGUCAAUUUGCAAACCCACAGCAAGCUGAAGCUUUGGCCGAUACACUAUGGAAUAAGUUUGGUACUGGACAAAGUGAUGAAAAACCAUUUGGUGAUGCAAUUAUUGAUGGGUUUGAUUUCCACAUCGCUUCAGGAGGUAGCACUGGAUAUGCUGAAUUGGCACAAGCCUUGAGAUCGAAAUUUGAUUCCUCAAAGAAAUACUACUUGUCAGCUUCACCAACGUGUACUUUUCCAAAUCCACAACUUGGACCAUUGUUAUCUCAAGUUCCCUUAGAUUAUACUUUUAUUCAAUACUAUGACGGUCAAUGCUCGCCGAAUCGUGGAAUAAAUUAUGAUUCAUGGUCACAAUUUGCUGAUACUGCACCUAACCCAAAUAUGAAGUUGUAUCUUGGUUUAUACACCUUUGAUUUGAGUUCAAAUUUCAUCAGCACUCGUAACUUGCCUCCAAUUAUUGAUCGGGUUAAUUGUGACCCACAUUUUGCUGGUGUUGCGUUAUGGGAUGCUUCUGGAGCUUUUUUGAGAGAGACAUCAAAUGGUAGAUAUAUUGACAAUGUCAAGCGAGUGCUUGAUGAGGAAGUGUGCCCUGAGCCUUCAUCGUCUGCUGAACCAACAUCGUCUGCUGAACCAACAUCUAGUGAGGAACCAAGCUCGAGUGAGGAACCAACAUCUAAUGAGGAACCAAGCUCUUCUACUGAACCAACAUCUAGUGAGGAGCCAAGCUCGAGUGAGGAACCAACAUCUAGUGAGGAACCAAGCUCUUCUACUGAACCAACAUCUAGUAAGGAACCAAGCUCGAGUGAGGAACCAACAUCUAGCGAGGAACCAAGCUCUUCUGCUGAACCAACACCCAGUCAGGAACCAAGCUCGAGUGAGGAACCAACGUCUAGCGAGGAACCAAGCUCUUCUGCUGAACCAACACCCAGUCAGGAACCAAGCUCGUCUGAGGAACCAAGCUCGAGUGGGGAAACAACAUCUAGUGAGGAACCAACAUCGUCUGCUGAACCAACAUCGUCUGCUGAACCAACAUCUAGUGAGGAACCAAGCUCGAGUGAGGAACCAACAUCUAGUAAGGAACCAAGCUCGAGUGGGGAACCAACAUCUAGUGAGGAACCAACAUCGUCUGCUGAACCAACAUCGUCUACAGAACCAUCAUCAUCAGCUGAAUCAAUUGCUUUUACUGACUCCUCUUUAUCUGCAGAUUCUUCAUCCACCACAGAACCAUCUUCACUGGUUGAAACAUCAUCUAUCAAAGAGUCAUUGUCAGGAGAAAAUAUAUCAACAUCAUCGCCAACGGAAUCACCACCUGCCACCAAACCAUUCUCACCAUCAGCAUCGACAUCUUUUUCUUCUUCUCCUGAUGAGGAAACUACAACAACAAAAUUGAAAGAUGAAGACGCAACUUCCAUUGUUGUUGGCACCACUGUUGUCACCAUCACUUCUUGCUCAAAUGACGUUUGUGUUACUACAUCAGUAACUACUGGACUCACCACCGUCACUGACGAAUCCACCACAUUUACUACAUUUUGUCCAUUACCAACCAAAUCAACUAAAGAAUCUAGCAAUGGUGAAGGAGGAGGAAAAGAAACUCCCAAAACCAGAGAACAAGAGAUCAGUACAACUACGGUGACCGUAACUUCAUGCAAUGAAAAUGAUGUUUGUAAUGAAUACCCAGUCACUACUGGAGUCACUACCAUUACAGAUGACUUCACCACUUAUACCACGUACUGUCCAUUACCCAUUAUUACCACUACUAUUGCUGCUACUACUGAUGGUGGCUUCGAUGACAAUGGUUCAGAAGGUGCUGCUUCUGAUUCAUCUAAUGAACAAAUUGAUACUACUACUGUGACUAUCACUACUUGUCAAAAGGACAAGUGUUUCACUGUUCCUGUUGUUACUGGGCUAACUACUGUUACUAAGAGUAAUACAGUAUAUACUACUUAUUGCCCGUUACCUACAACUGAUACUGCCAUUGCAGAAGCUAGUCAAGGUGAGUCGGAACCAGGUACGGCAAAGACAGAAGUUGUAAUUGAAACUAGUGUUAGUGUCACCAAAGGUGAGGAAACAAUAGUUGUUGGUGCUACCGUUACCGUUACAGAUGAAGCAGAUGAAACUGAACUUACUACAGUGACUAUUGGAGGCGCUGGUAGUGGUGGUGCUGGGGAAGAAAUGACUACUGCUGCAAAUACUGUAGCACCUAUCACUACUACUAGUGUUGCGCAAGAAGAGUCACCGAAAUCCAUCUCAAGUGUGCAAGUAUCUGAACAACAACAAACAGUUGCAGUUGAAUCCAGCCAAAGUAGCAGUAGCCGUGUACCAGAGUCAAGUGUUUCAGUUUAUGAAGGAGUUGGUGUUGGUUUCGAAUCAUUCCGAAUGGGAUCUGUUUUCACUUUGCCAUUGUUUUUGCUUACUUUGAUAGUAUAG